AGUGAAUUGGAGUAAGCCAUUCCGGAGAAGUUUAGAAUGAAGUUUCUUCUGUUGAUUCUGGUCCUGCAAGUUACUGCUUCUGGAUCUGUUCCCCUGGCCAGAGACACAAAUGCAGAAGAAAAUGAUGUGGUAUUUGCCCAAAGAUACCUGGGAGCCUUUUAUGACUUCCACAUGAAAAAUGUUCCAGUGACAAAAGAAGCCAAUGGGAACCUCAUGGAGAAUAAAAUCCAGGAAAUGCAGCAGUUCUUGGGGUUAAAAGUGACUGGGCAACUGGACACAUCUACUCUGGCAGUGAUGCAUGCACCCCGAUGUGGAGUGCCGGACGUUCAUAAUUUCAAGACCAUGAGAGGAGGGCCAGUAUGGAAGAAACAUUUUAUCACCUACAGAAUCAACAACUACACUACUGACCUGGCGCGUGCAGAUGUUGACGAUGCCAUCCAGAAGGCUUUUCAAGUAUGGAGUGAUGUCACCCCCCUAAAAUUCAGGAGGAUUAGUGCAGGCAAAGCUGACAUUAUGAUCUUGUUUUCACGCAAAGAGCAUGGAGACUUCUACCCUUUUGAUGGAAAAAAUGGAAUUUUAGCCCAUGCUUUUGGACCUGGAGCUGGUAUUGGAGGAGAUGCUCAUUUUGAUGAUGAUGAAAUCUGGACUAAAAACUCCAGAGGCAUAAACUUUUUUCUUGUUGCGGUUCAUGAGAUUGGCCAUUCCUUGGGUCUCGACCAUUCCAAUGAUCCAAAGGCCAUAAUGUUUCCCACCUACAGAUAUGUUGACCUCCACACAUUUAGCCUCUCUUCUGAUGACAUACGUGGCAUUCAGUUCCUCUAUGGAGGCCCAGAACAGCACCAACCCAAGCCAGUUCCUGACCAGAGAGACGUCUGUGACCCCAAUUUGAGAUUCAAUGCUGUCACUACAGUUGGAAAUAAAAUCUUUUUCUUUAAAGACAGGUUCUUCUGGUGGAAGCAUGUUGAGACUCCUAAGAUCAGUAUUAGUUCGAUUUCUAACUUAUGGCCAACUUUGCCAUCUGGUAUUCAAGCUGCCUAUGAAAUUGGAGCUAGAAAUGAAGUUUUUCUUUUUAAAGAUGACAAGUACUGGUUAAUCAGCAAUUUAAGAAUACAUCCAGAUUAUCCCAAGAGCAUAUAUUCUUUGGGUCUCCCUGCCUCUGUGAAAAAAAUUGAUGCAGCCGUUUUUCACCCAGUUUUAUACAAGACCUACUUCUUUGUAGAUAACUGGUAUUGGAGGUAUGAUGAGAGGAGACAACUCAUGGACUCUGAUUAUCCCAAAUUGAUUACCAAAAACUUUCCAGGAAUUGGACCUAAAAUCGAUGCAGCCUUCUACUACAAGGGACACUACUAUUUCUUCCAGGGAUCUCACCAACUUGAAUUUAACACCUUAUCCAACCGUGUCACCAGAAGGUUGAAAAGCAAUAGCGGAUUGGGUUGUUAGGAUUGUAAUGUUUUGUCAAUUCAACUUUAACCCUUAGGAUAUGGCGACUUGUCAGAUUUUAUUAGCACUGCUGUUAGGUUGCAGAUAGAAACAUUUUAAAGGCCAAGAGUAUACCUUUUGGAGAAUGCUUGUAAGUUGGACUGAGAAAUUAUAACCAAAAUUACAUUUAAAAUGUAAAAAGCAUGUACCCAAAACUUUAAAAAUGACAAUUAUGUAAAGGAUUGUGAUAUACUUUUAUUCUGUUGACUUAAUACUAUAACAAAUAAAAACUUU